AUGGGUCUCUCAUACAACGUCUACUUGACUGCCAACAAGAUUUUUGGGUGUAAGGGAUGCAAGACUCACCUGGCAGACUUUAACGACAUCAUGAGCCGGAACUUCCGAGGCCAGCACGGGAAAGCAUACCUCUUCAAUAAAGUUGUCAACGUCACGCAAGGCGAAGCUGUAGAGCGCAGCAUGACGACAGGUCGACAUAUCGUGCGCGACAUCGUCUGCAGGCAGUGCAAGGAAACGGUAGGAUGGAAGUACGACAAGGCAUACGAGAGCAGCGAGAAAUACAAGGAGGGGAAGUUCAUUCUCGAGGAGGAGUUAUUCUGCGUCGUUUCAAAGGCGGUUUCCGAAUUCCCCCACCAAACCCCAAAAAUGACCCCCGCCCCCUCAGAUUCUGGUAUGAUGCAGGCGGUCGUGUUUCACGGCCCCUACAAGGUCGCUGUUGAGCAGCGGCCUAUUCCAAAGGUGCAGAACCCGGGGGAUAUUGUAGUCAAGGUGGGGUAUACUGCGCUUUGUGGAAGUGAGUUGCACAUGUUCCGUGGCAUCGAGCCUGCAGGAACAGGAUUCAUCAUGGGCCAUGAGUUCGUGGGCGAGGUCGUUGAGAUGGGUAGCGCGGUUAAGACUCUCCAGAAGGGUGACCGUGUUGUCACUGCGUUUACUACUUCCUGCGGUGAGUGCUUCUACUGCAAGCAAGGGUGGUCUUCUCGCUGUGAUAAGAACGAACUUUUCGGAUGUGGCAGCCUGAACGGUGGACAGGCUGAAUACGCCCGAAUCCCGAAUGCUGACGGUUCCGUCAUGAAGGCCCCCGAGGGCGUUGACGAGAAGUAUUUGGUGCUCAUGGGAGAUAUCUUCCCCACAGGCUGGUUCGCAGCCAACAAUGCAUUCAAGAACUCGACCCCAGAGCAGAUUGCUGAACAGACAGUAGUCCUGAUUGGAUGUGGACCUGUCGGCCUAUGUGCGCUCAUCAAUGCUCUAGAGUACAAGCCCAAGCACAUCCUGGCAGUUGACUCGGUCCCGUCGAGACUGGAGCUUGCCAAGUCGCUCGGUGCUGAACCAUGGAACUUCCAGCUGGAUCGGGCUGGGCUAGACAAGCGUGUUCAGGAGCUGACAAAUGGACGCGGUGCCGAUGCUGUCAUUGAAGUGGUCGGACUGAGUCCUGCCUUGCGCACUGGCUUCGAACUGCUGCGGCCUUGGGGAACCAUCAGCAGUGUGGGUGUUCACAAUGGAGAGAUUCCCUGGGAUGGCAAUGAUGCCUACUCCAAGAACCUCACCGUCCAAAUGGGCCGAUGCCCUGUUCGUUCUGUUGCUCCUCGGGCACUGGAGGUGCUCACGAGGAACCAACAUAAGCUUGGCUUCAUGGCCGAUCACAUUAUGCCUCUCUCACAGGCAGUGGAGGGCUAUGAUAUAUUCAACAAGAUGCAGGUGCAAAAGGUGAUAUUCAAGGCCGACCAGUAG